CUAUGCACAUACACCAGCUUCAUUGAACCUUGCUAGCGAGACGAUAUUAGUAGACUUUGAGUUGUCUCAGGACUUGGAAGCAUCUGAGUUGUCGCAAGGGGUCCUCUAACUGCUGGGCCGUGUGCUUGAUGCCUCAGCAGCCAAUCAGACAUUGUGCGAUUGGGCCUUGGCAUUGGCCUCGGAAAAAACCGUCGCCGAGGCGCGACCCAAUCGGGCGCUGGAGUGGCACUGCUUUGAGGUCACUGACGACGACCGUAAAAGGCGCUGCAAUUGACGACGGAGAAGAGGCCGCAACCCGGGAGAGCGCACCCCGAAACCCCUCUUUCCACCUUCCCGGCCCUCUCAACAUUUAUCCCCCACAUAUUCUCGACCAUGUCGACGACGCUGUACCGGCUCGCCGGCCGCAGCGCCAAGCGGCUGUGCACCCGGCCAUCACAAAGUCUCGCCAGCUCCAUCUCACAUCCUGCCCGCGCUUUCUCUGUCUCGGUCCGCCGCCGCUAUGCCGAGCCGCAGGAGUACCAGGGCACCCGCCUGGUCCCGACCGGGUCCGACUUCUCGACCGCCGCCGACCCCUACGGCGUCUCGUCCAAGCUCCCCGACGACGAGGCCAGCACAACGAAAAAAAUGCGCGACGAGUCGAUCGCGGACCGCAAGGUGCGCCACUACACAGUCAACUUUGGCCCGCAGCACCCGGCCGCGCACGGCGUGCUGCGCCUGAUCCUGGAGCUCAACGGCGAGGAGAUCAUCCGGGCGGACCCACAUGUCGGCCUGCUGCACCGCGGCACGGAGAAGCUGUGCGAGUACCGGACCUACUUGCAGGCGCUGCCCUACUUUGACCGGCUCGAUUACGUCUCCAUGAUGACCAACGAGCAGUGUUACUCACUGGCCGUCGAGAAGCUGCUCAACAUUGAGAUCCCCGAGCGCGCAAAGUGGAUCCGCACCAUGUUUGCCGAGAUCACCCGUAUCCUGAACCACCUCAUGUCGGUCCUCUCUCACGCCAUGGACGUUGGCGCCCUGACGCCGUUCCUGUGGGGCUUUGAGGAGAGAGAGAAGCUGAUGGAAUUUUACGAGCGCGUGUCCGGCGCCCGUCUCCACGCCGCCUACGUCCGCCCCGGCGGCGUGCACCAAGAUAUCCCCGUGGGCCUCCUCGACGACAUCUACCAGUGGGCGACGCAGUUCGGCGACCGCAUCGACGAGACCGAGGAGAUGCUGACAGACAACCGCAUCUGGAUCAACCGGCUCAAGGGCGUCGGCGUCGUGUCGGCGGCCGAUGCGCUCAACCUGGCCUUCACGGGCGUCAUGCUCCGCGGGUCGGGCGUGCCGUGGGAUAUCCGCAAGAGCCAGCCGUACGACGCCUACGACCAGGUCGAGUUCGACGUGCCCGUCGGUGUCAACGGCGACUGCUACGACCGCUAUCUGUGCCGCAUGGAGGAGUUCCGCCAGUCGCUGCGCAUAAUCCACCAGUGCCUCAACAAGAUGCCCGCGGGACCCGUUCGCGUUGAGGACUACAAGAUCUCCCCCCCGCCACGCGCCGCCAUGAAGGAGAACAUGGAGGCCCUGAUCCACCACUUCCUGCUCUACACCAAGGGCUACGCCGUGCCCCCCGGUGAUACCUACUCGGCGAUCGAGGCCCCCAAGGGCGAGAUGGGUGUCUAUGUCGUCAGCGACGGCUCCGAGAGGCCGUACCGCCUGCACGUCCGCGCCCCGGGCUUUGCUCAUCUCGGUGGUUUCGACCAUGUCUGCAAGGGGCAUCUGCUUGCGGACGCUGUGGCUGUCAUUGGCACCAUGGAUCUGGUGUUUGGCGAGGUUGAUCGGUAAACUGGGGAGCUUGCGGGGACGCAGAGGACGGGAUGGAGAAAUCGUUGCGAAUUAAAUUCGAACUUUCGCUGGUAAGAAAAAGAAGCGCGGUGUGGUUCUGGGCGUGGCGUGAUUUGGUGGAUUGCUCCCCCGGGCAUAACUAGGUAAAUGAAGCCCUUAACUUUGCAUCCAAAGCCGUGCCAGGGGCCAGCUCGGGUUGGUGUGGUGGAGGUGGUGGUCAAGUGGACCGAACGCAACGCUCGUUCUUUUACGUCGAUGUCGUUUCGUUUGUAACUGCUGUACCAUAAGCCGGCGGCGGGGUGGGAUUGCUGUUGAGGGGGUUCGACCGCGGACGAAUGGCGAAGUCCCCUCGGUCCCUGCCACGGCAACGAGAAGUAUAAUCCUACACUCUUGUCUUACAAA